CACUUUCAAACAAUUUCAUGUACAGCAAGAACAUUUUUCCUGGUAAUAAUCGUUGCAAUGUCAAUUUUAGCAUUUGUUCUAAUUAUUAACGAAGGUUGGAAUCUAUUUAGAUAUACAUUUGCCGAACUGACCUUGCAUCGCACGUAUUUCAAAUAUUAACCAAGCUCAAAGUUUACUUCGCAUAUUAAUGCACAUAUAUGUUCAAAUUUAAAUUUCCCCUUUUAUUAAAUUUAUUCAAACAAACACACGUGCCACAUAAUAAUAAUUUCACUUAUUUGACGAGGUGCAAUCCAAACAAAACGAAAAAAUACAACAAUCGUGUGGGAACGUGCUGAAAAUGGUGGAAAAAGUGUUUGUCCAACGUUGGAAAUGGGUCUAGGUUUAAAAAUACCAACAAUUACAACACAAGAAAAUGGUGAGGAAAUGGCGAAUUCGUGCCUGAACCAGCCGAACCUGUUGGAGAAGUACGGACCGAAAAGUUAUCCAGCCUCGGUGACGGAGUUCUCGGCGAUGCUGCUGGAGGCGCGCACCGAAACAUCGCCGGUGCGCGCACCACCGCCGACCACCCUCGAGCGGCGACUAACCAAAAAAUCGCACACGUGCGGUAGCCUGUACGCAAAGUGCCGCUGCAACAAUGACUCCGGCCCCGAGACGGAGACGAAGAGGUCCUCCACUCCGGACACCUGGACGAUCGCGAAGAGGCUGAGCAGUCCGGAGAUCGACGUGCACCAGACCAAACAUCCGAACGUCUGCCUGAAACCGAAGUCGGCGACGAAGACCGUCAAAGCGAACGUCUACCUCAACCACCCGGAGAUAACCUUCCCGAUACCGGUGGAGAUCCCGAAGGAGCAGCUGCCGAAACAAACCAAGUCGCUGCCGUCGAGCGUCGAACGGCCGGAGAUACGGAAGUCGCAGAUCGACUAUCACAAGUUCAACGUGCUCGCGUACGAGUCGCAGCCGCAUUUCAAGGAGGAACGGGCGCAGAAGUUCCUGCAGGACUUCGGGAUCUUCGGCCCGAUGGGGAACGGCGUCGCCAGUCUGAGGAGGAGCUCUCGCACCUCCGACGACGAUUUGAAUCAGAUCAGGAAGAAUUCGAAGAACGUUAUAGAGGUGAAAAGGAAGAGUUCUUCCGGGGACUCGGAGUAUUUGAAGUCGAUGGUGGCCAAGCUGAAGAAGGAGCUGGCGGAAUUGGAAAAAAAGUAUGGGUCGGUGCAAGGAGAACUGUUCGAAGCCAGGAAAGAUCUCAGUUGUAGAGAAACCGAAGUUCUCAAGCUGCAGAGGGAAGUUCACAAGUUAAAAAGUGUUUUACAACAAACUGCCCAAUUCAAAUAUGACCAGGACAUUUUAUCGAGCAUCCAGGCGCAGCACGCGAUGGCCAACCGCAACCCGCAGUCCCAAACAUCCGGGAGCAGCCACUUGGCGAAAAAGCAGGGUGUCUCGGCCGAAUCAAGCGAAUCUACGGGUCUGGCCAGCGACAUAAACAUCGUCAAAUACGAAAAGGACUUCAGAUCAAAACAGUUGAUCAAAGAUGCGAUCCUCGACAACGACUUCCUGCGCAACUUGGACACGGUCCGUGUUAGAGAGAUGGUCGAUUCGAUGUACUCGAUGGAGGUGCAGGCGAACACGGUGUUCAUAAGGGAAGGCGAUUCCGGCGCCCAUCUGUACGUGUCAGCCGAAGGGGAGUUCGAGGUCAUCAAGCAGGGAGCGAUUUUAGGGCGGAUCGGGCCCGGAAAGACUUUCGGGGAGCUCGCCCUCCUCUACAACUGCAUGCGAACUGCUUCGAUUAGAGCAUUGGAGGAUUCGAAAGUUUGGGUGUUGGAUAGAAGGAUUUUCCAAAGGAUAAUGGUGAGAACAGGAUUGCAGAGGCUACAGGACAACAUAGGUUUUCUCAGGUCUGUACCUCUAUUGGCGAAGCUCAGCAACGAAGUUCUGGCCAAAAUUGCUGACGUUUUGGAGGUAGAAUUUUAUCCUGCAGGAGCUCACAUUAUUCGGCAAGGUGCUAGUGGCGACACCUUUUUUAUCAUCAGCAGUGGAUGCGUUAAAGUAACCCAAAGACUUCCAGGUAAAUUAUUAAAUUAUUAUUAUAAAUUACAAUGUUCACUUUUUGGGUUUGUUUUAGGUCAGUUAGAAGAGGAAGAAGAAGAAAUCAGGACUCUACAAAGAGGUGACUAUUUCGGGGAGCAAGCUUUAUUAAAAGAAGACUGCAGAACAGCAUCAAUAAUCGCCCAACAUCCUGGUGUUGAAUGUUUGACUCUAGACAGGGAUUCGUUCAAUCAAUUGAUCGGAGACUUGAGUGAAAUCAGAGAGAAAUCUUAUGAUGAUGACGAAAGACUGAACAGGCCUUCAAGUUCUUUGCAAUUAGAAAAACAAGAAUAUGACUAUAUUCAACUGGACGAUUUGGAAGUAAUUUCAACUUUGGGAAUUGGCGGUUUUGGUAGAGUAGAACUGGUCCAAUACAGAGAAGACAGAUCUUUAACGUUUGCACUGAAGUGCCUAAAAAAACAGCACAUAGUCGAUACUCAACAACAAGAUCACAUUCGCAGCGAAAAAACGAUCAUGAUGGGUUGCAGAAAUCCUUUCAUCUGCAGGUUGUAUAGAUCGUUCAAAGAUGCAAAAUACGUUUACAUGAUGCUGGAGGCGUGUCUGGGGGGCGAGGUUUGGACUAUCCUGCGUGACAGAGGUUGUUUUGACGACCACACUACCAGAUUCAUAGCGGGUUGCGUGAUCGAGGCCUUCGACUAUCUCCACAACCGUGGGUUGAUCUACAGAGAUCUGAAACCGGAGAAUCUGCUGCUGGACGUGCGUGGCUACGUCAAACUUGUGGAUUUCGGAUUUGCUAAACGGCUCGGCUACAGCAGCAAAACAUGGACGUUUUGCGGUACCCCAGAGUACGUUGCGCCCGAAACGAUUCUGAACAAGGGACACGAUAGAGCUGUGGACUAUUGGGCGUUGGGAAUAUUGAUGCAUGAGUUACUUACUGGGAGUCCUCCGUUUUCGGCUUCCGAUCCUAUGAAAACUUACAAUUUGAUUCUGAAAGGGAUUGACAUGAUUGAUUUUGCCAAAUUUAACGUCAGCAGGUCGGCGCAAAGUUUGAUAAAGAAGUUGUGCAGGGAUGCGCCUUCCGAAAGGCUUGGAUACCAAAGAGGUGGUGUGCAGGACAUCAAAAAACACAAAUGGUACCAGGGUUUCGACUGGGAUGGUUUGAUAUCGAGAACACUUCCAGCUCCCAUCCAACAAGUGGUUCGAGGUCCGUGUGAUGUCACAAACUUUGACUGUUUCGGCAAAGAUAAUGACAUACCGCCCGAUGAACUGUCCGGUUGGGACAAAGAUUUCUGAUACGUUUAGUUAUCUGUUUAGGCUAUUUAUUUUUUCGCGACGAUAACUUAUGCAUAUGUGAAAUUCAUAUCAACUAUAAAAAUGUGUUUUAGGUAUUAUGUUAGUUGUUUUAGGUUGGUUAUAGUUGAUGUGUUUUGUGCAGAACAACCGAGACAAUAAUUUGUGUAGUCGAGAUAAUAUAUUAUACGUUUAUUCAUAGGAUACUGUAUCAGCAUCAGAUAUUUUACUACCAUUACAUUAAAUAUAUACAUUUUUAUAUUGAA